AUGGGCGACCCGAGCCACCGCACGCCACCGACUUUAGGCGUCCUUCAGGUCCAUCUGGCCAUCUGCCAUCGCCGCAUCGACACAACAUCAACCAUGAGCAACCUAGAGAGCUCUUUUCCAGCUCAAGGUGUGUCCCGCGCUGCCAAGUUCGUCCUCGCGCCAGCUAACGCACAGUUCACGGCCAAGUCGCUGAACCGACAGGCGAAGAAGGCGAACAAGGACGAGACCGCCGAGAAGAACAAGCUCAAGGCUGCGCUCCAGAAGGGAAACACGGAGGGGGCGCGCAUCUACGCCCAGAACGCCAUCCGCAAGAAGACAGAGGCACUCAACCUCCUCCGUCUCGCCUCGCGCAUUGAUGCGGUCGCGAGCCGUGUCGAGACGGCCGUCACGAUGCGCACCGUGACCAACUCGAUGGGGUCUGUCGUCAAGGGCAUGGACAAGGCGAUGGAGAGCAUGAACCUGGAGCGGCUUUUUGAACCCCACGGCGGUCUAGCUAACAUGCAGAUAUCCAUGGUUAUGGACAAGUUCGAGGCACAGUUCAACGACCUCGACGUCCAGACAUCGUACAUGGAGAGCACGAUGAGCGACACGACCGCGCUCACGACGCCGCAGGACCAGGUCGAUGGUCUCAUGCAGCAGGUCGCGGACGAGGCCGGCCUCGAGAUCCAGCAUGGACUCGGCGAGGCCAAGGUGCCCACGGAGCAGAUCGCAGCCCCCGCUACGCCUGUCGCCGAGGCGCCGCUCGAGGAGGACGGAAGGCUUGCUGAGCGUCUCAGGGCUCUUCGCCCCGCUGUCUAG